AUGGAAAGGUCCCGAUGCCAACUUCUGUACUCGAGUUGGCCAGAAAAGACUUUGUAGCCGAACGGACACUAGAAACAAUCAAGGCGUUUUACCAACCAUCAUCUUCUUCCGCGAUACCGUAUAUUGCAGAUCCACAUACAUCGGUUGCUCUUCAUGCAGCCGGAAAGUUCGCUGCCCACAACUCUCAGGAUACUGUACAAAUCGUCCUCUCGACUGCUCACCCCGCCAAGUUUUCAGAAGCAGUCACCAAAGCUCUCUCAAGUUUGCCCUGGUUUGAUUUUGAAGGACAAGUACUACCGCCCGAGUUCAAGGGACUUCUCAACCUACCCAGGAGGGUCAUCGAGGUGGAGAGACCAGACCCAGAGCUUGUCAAAAGGGUUAUCGAGAAAGUGGUGACGAGGGAUGAAGCUAAACUCGGGACACAGGCUUUGUCAUGA